CUCCGAAACAAUGGAAUAUACGGCAAUGCCUAAUUCCCACUUGGCAACAUGAUCCACAAGUACAAUUCCAAAUAUGUGGCUUUCUUAAAUUUACGUGACAAAGGUAGUAAACCCAUCUACGUCAUCUCAAUUUAUUGUGGCCAUAACAUAAAAUAGUGUUGCUGAAUGAAGAAGAGAUAGUAGGUGACCAAGUUCAACUCUGUUUUUAUUAAAAAAAAAAAAAGGUUCAACUCUGUUCAUGACCAAGCCUCAUUGAAGAAAAAUGAAGCCCAACACUCAGGCUUCUUUUUCCACAGGUCCGCCGCACGUGACGUACUUUCACCGCGUAACUGUCUCACGUGCCGUACCUUCCCAUACUCAUCUUCCACCGCCGAAUCAAAAACUCCGACAAUUCCGCACCGCCAAACGCCGCCGUGUCAACCUCUCCAUCACCGCAGCUAAGAAAACCGAGCACCACGACGGUAACAACGGCGUCGAGCGAACAGAAUGUUCUCCAGCACGAAGCAACCGGCGAGGAGUGUUGAUGGCGCCGUUUCUAGCCGCCGGAGCUUCGUUUCUUCUCUCUGCUGCGACGACAAGGGCGGCGGAGGAGGAGAAGUUAAAGGAGAAUACGGCGCCGGUUGAAGCAACGGUUGUGAAACCGGAGGAGGUGAAGAAGAUAGAGGAGGAAGUGAUAACGUCGAGGAUUUACGACGCGACGGCAAUAGGUGAACCGUUGGCGAUAGGGAAAGAGAAAGGGAAAGUGUGGGAGAAGUUGAUGAAUGCUAGAGUUGUUUAUUUAGGGGAAGCGGAACAAGUUCCGGUUCGAGAUGAUAAGGAAUUGGAGCUUGAGAUUGUCAAGAAUUUGCAUAAGCGUUGUGUUGAAGUUGAUAAGCGUUUAUCUUUGGCUAUUGAAGCUUUUCCUUCUAAUCUUCAGGAACCACUUAAUCAGUAUAUGGAUAAAAAGAUGGAUGGAGAAACCUUGAAGUCUUAUACAACGCAUUGGCCGCCUGAACGAUGGCAGGAGUAUGAACCUAUUCUUAGUUACUGUCGUGAAAAUGGAAUCCGUCUUGUUGCUUGUGGUACGCCACUGAAGAUCUUAAGGACCGUCCAAGCAGAAGGAAUUAGCGGGCUAACAAAGGCUGAACGUAAAUUAUAUGCACCUCCAGCCGGUUCAGGCUUCAUAUCAGGCUUUUCUUCUAUGUCACGUAGAUAUUCAGCUGACAGUACUCCGAAUCUGUCGUUUCCUUUUGGUCCAAGCUCAUAUCUAUCUGCACAGGCUAGAGUGGUUGACGAGUAUACUAUGUCCCAGACCAUCUUACAAAAUAUGCUUGAUGGAGGGGCUACCGGUAUGUUGAUAGUUGUGACUGGUGCAAGCCAUGUCACAUAUGGAGCUAGAGGAACUGGAGUGCCUGCAAGAAUUUCUAGAAAAUUACAAAAGAAAAAUCAAGUAGUUAUAUUACUUGACCCAGAAAGACAGUUCAUUCGCAGUGAGGGAGAAGUUCCUGUUGCUGAUUUUUUGUGGUAUUCUGCCGCCAGACCCUGUAGCAGAAAUUGCUUUGACCGGGUUGAGAUUGCUCGGGUUAUGAAUGCUGCCGGGCAGAGACGGGAUGCCCUCCCACAGGAUCUCCAAAAGGGAAUUGAUCUUGGUUUAGUAUCACCGGAGGUAUUGCAGAACUUCUUUGAUCUAGAGAAAUAUCCUCUGCUUUCAGAACUCACUCACCGUUUCCAGGGUUUCAGGGAAAGAUUGUUGGCAGAUCCCAAGUUCUUGCAGAGACUAGCAAUAGAAGAAGGAAUAUCAGUAACAACUACAUUAUUAGCACAGUAUCAGAAGCGGAAAGAAAACUUCUUUCAAGAACUUGACUAUGUUAUUACGGACACUGUCAGAGGAUCAGUUGUUGAUUUCUUUACAGUGUGGCUUCCUGCACCAACUUUAUCAUUCCUUUCCUAUGCUGAUGAGACAAUUGCGCCUGAUAACAUUAGUUCUCUAAUAGGACUUCUUGGCUCCAUCCCUGACAAUGCAUUUCAAAAGAACCCAGUGGGGACAAAUUGGAAUCUCAAUCAUCGAAUUGCAUCAGUUGUAUUUGGUGGUCUAAAACUCGCUGGUGUUGGAUUUAUUUCGAGUAUUGGAGCUGUUGCUUCAUCAAAUUCUCUGUUUGCAGUUCGUAAGUUUCUUAAUCCAGCAAUCAUCACUAACAAACAGAUUGCAAGGUCACCGAUACUCAAAACAGCAGUUGUUUAUGCACUUUUUCUUGGAAUAUCUGCAAAUCUCCGUUAUCAGAUAAUUGCUGGGGUAGUGGAGCAUCGGAUUUCUGAUCAGUUUGCUUCCCAAACAUUUCUUGUAAAUAUGCUAUCUUUUGUAUCACGGACAAUCAAUUCUUACUGGGGAACGCAGCAAUGGAUUGACCUUGCACGCUCUACCGGACUGCAAGUUAGAAAGACCGAGUCACCCGAGCCACCUACAUCAGAUUCUCCAAAUCAAGCUGCAAUCUUAUGCGACUCUACCGGACUGCAAGUUAGAGAGACCGAGUCACCUGAGCCACCUUCAUCAGAUUCGCCAAAUCAAACUGCAAUCUUAUGCAACGAAGCAGAAGAAGCGAGCAUCGAUGACAUUAAAAGUGAAUGAGGUGAAAUACCCCCUUGCGACAUUUUUGUUGUAAUUUAUAUUUUUUUUCUCUUGAAGAGCUGGUAAAUAGGCACACAGGAAUAGGUUUUUUGUCUUCAUAACAAUACAAUUCCUUCCAUAGCUUAGUUGUAUACUUAUACUUUUUUAUAUAUAUUCCCACAAUCCAAAUUCAUCAAUGUAAUAUAACGAGUAUUUAUUUUCAACCUAAUAAA